AUGGAUGCGGCAAAGAAAGAUGCCCCUCCUGCGGGCGAUGCAGGAAAAUCAGACACCCUCGGGUCAACUGGCUCGGCCAGAAAAAGAGGAGGGGGGGCCAAGAAGGCGAUGCAAGCAAACAAGUCUGCCCUCAGGGCCCCCCGAGCUCUCUGCUGCCUCACCCUCAGUAACCCCAUCCGCAUGGCAGCGCUGGCCUUAGUGGAGUGGAAGCCGUUUGAUAUUUUCAUUCUUCUUGCCAUUUUUGCCAACUGUGUGGCCAUGGGUGUCACCAAGCCGUACCCCGAUGAUGACUCCAAUGCUACCAAUCACAAACUGGAACAAGUCGAGUACGUCUUCCUCGUCAUCUUCACCAUCGAGACCUUCACUAAAAUUCUUGCCUACGGCUUAGUCAUGCACCCCAGCGCCUAUAUACGCAGCGGAUGGAACUUGCUUGAUUUUGUUAUCGUCAUUGUCGGGUUGUUCAGUGUGAUAGCAGAGGCCAUGACAGAUCAUAAGCCAGGAGAGGCCCAUCAUGCUGCAGGAAAACCUGGAGGCCUAGAUGUCAAAGCUCUCAGAGCAUUUAGGGUGUUGCGACCGCUUCGACUUGUAUCUGGAGUACCAAGUCUACAAAUUGUGUUGAACUCCAUCAUGAAAGCCAUGGUGCCCCUUCUCCACAUCGGUAUGCUUGUCAUGUUCGUCAUCAUCAUCUACGCUAUUAUCGGCUUGGAGCUCUUUAUCGGCAGGAUGCACAAAACGUGCUACUCCUUAGGCUCAGGUCUCAUGGUGGAAGAUGACCCAUCACCUUGUGCUUUUGCCGGCAACGGGCGCUUUUGUGUCGGCAAUGGAACUGAGUGCAGGGGCAAGUGGGAGGGUCCCAAUGGUGGCAUCACAAACUUUGACAACAUAUUCUUCGCCAUGCUGACAGUUUUCCAGUGCAUCACUAUGGAGGGUUGGACAGAUGUGCUGUACUGGAUGAAUGACGCCAUUGGAUUUGAGAUUCCAUGGAUCUACUUUGUUUCUCUGGUCAUCUUUGGGUCAUUUUUCAUCAUCAAUCUUGUAUUGGGAGUGUUGAGCGGAGAGUUCUCUAAGGAAAGAGAAAAGGCUGUUGCGCGUGGAGAACUGCAGAAGGCGCAGGAGAGCAAGCAGAUGGAGGAGGACAUGAUAGGCUACAUGGACUGGCUCAUAGAGGCCGAGGAUGUGGACGAAGAGGGAAAUAAACGUGCUGCAAUCGCCAAGAAAAAGAUGAUGAAGAAGUUUGGCUGGUAUAAACACAAUGAAGAUGGAGGACCUGAGUCAGACUCCGACGAUGAUAUAGCAUACCUCGAUGACGACAGCGGCUUUUGUGCUUCUCUCAUGGCAAAGAUGAUGGCCAAUAGCUUCUGUGACCAGUUGUGUCAGCUGAACCACACAAUGAGGAAGAAUUGCCGUGUUGCUGUCAAGACCAAUAAUUUCUACUGGUUGGUGCUUCUGUUGGUGUUCCUCAACACUGUGGCCAGUGCCUCCGAGCAUUACGGACAGCCUAAGUGGCUCACAGAAAUGCAAGAGCGAGCCAAUAAAAUCCUGCUGCUGCUGUUCACCCUGGAGAUGCUGAUGAAGAUGUACGCCUUCGGCCUGCAGAUCUACUUCAUGGCGCUCUUCAAUCGCUUUGAUUGCUUUGUGGUGUGCGGUGGCAUCCUCGAGACACUGCUUGUAGAGAUGGAAUUCAUCCCGCCCAUCGGCAUCUCUGUGCUUCGCUGCAUCCGACUGCUCAGGAUAUUCAAGAUGACUCGGCACUGGGCGGCCUUGUCUGACCUGGUCAACUCACUGCUCAACUCGAUGAAAGCUAUCUGCUCCCUUCUGCUCCUGCUCUUCCUCUUCCUCAUCAUCUUCGCCUUGCUGGGCAUGCAGUUGUUUGGAGGCAAAUUCAACUUUGAUGAGACUCAGAUGAAGAGAAGUACUUUUGACUCAUUCCCUCAGGCUCUGCUCACCUGUUUCCAGAUCCUCACUGGAGAGGACUGGAACGCUGUGAUGUACGAUGGUAUUAUGGCCUACGGAGGGCCAAUCUUCCCCAACAUGGUGGUGUGCAUUUACUUUGUCAUCCUCUUUGUCUGUGGUAACUACAUCCUGCUCAAUGUCUUCUUGGCUAUCGCCGUGGACAACUUGGCAGGAGGCAGCGGAAAGGAAAAAGUCGAAGAGAAAAAGGAAGAGGAAGAAGAAUGGGAUGAGGAUGAAGAGAAAGAGGAUGAGGAUGCAGCGAACGAAGAGGAUGAUUGGCAGGAGAACGAGGAACUGAGGGCCAUCGAGGGACUGGAAGGAGUUGCUCCAUUGAAGCCGGAGUUCUCUGGGCCCAAAGAAAAGAUCGUCCCAAUCCCUGACGGGAGCUCUUUCUUCAUCCUUGGAAAGAAAAACUGUUUGCGAGUCGCCUGCCACAACCUCAUCCAUCACCCCUACUUCACCAACUUCAUCCUCGUCUUCAUCAUCCUCAGUAGUAUUUCCCUUGCUGCUGAGGAUCCAAUCAAAUCUCACUCAUUCAGGAAUAUUGUAAGACAUUGUAACCCCAUCAGCAUCAUCUGCAUCACGUACACGUUCACACCAAACAAGCUUAAAUACUAAUCAAACUCCUGUUAUCUGCAGGUGCUCGGUUACGCAGAUUAUGUCUUCACAUCAGUUUUCACAGUGGAGAUCGUACUAAAGAUGACGGUCUACGGAGCUGUUCUGCACUCCGGCUCCUUCUGUAGAAAUGCCUUCAACCUUCUUGACUUGGUGGUCGUCGGUGUGUCGCUCAUGUCCUUCUUUCUACACUCAAGUGCAAUCUCUGUGGUGAAGAUUCUUCGAGUGCUCAGAGUGCUCAGGCCCCUUCGAGCCAUUAACAGAGCCAAAGGACUGAAGAAUGUGGUGCAGUGUGUGUUCGUGGCGAUCCGAACCAUCGGCAACAUCUUGAUUGUCACAACUCUCCUUCAGUUCAUGUUUGCCUGUAUUGGAGUGCAGCUCUUCAAGGGCAGAUUUUACAGCUGCACAGACGAAGCAAAACACACUCCAGACGAGUGCAAGGGAACUUUUGUGGUCUAUAAAGAUGGAGAUAUGAACCACCCCAUGGUGAAAGAGAGGGUUUGGGAAAACAGUGAUUUCAACUUUGACAAUGUGCUAAUGGGCAUGCUGGCUUUGUUUACUGUAUCAACAUUUGAAGGCUGGCCACAGCUCCUGUACCGUGCUGUGGAUGCCAACGCCAUAAACAGAGGACCCAUUUACAACUACCGAGUAGAAAUCUCCAUCUUUUUCAUCAUCUACAUCAUCAUCAUUGCCUUCUUCAUGAUGAACAUCUUCGUGGGUUUUGUCAUCAUCACAUUUCGAGAACAAGGAGAGGCUGAGUUCAAAAACUGCGAACUCAACAAAAAUCAACGCCAGUGUGUGUACUACGCACUGAAAGCUCAACCCAUAAAGAUUUACAUUCCCAAAAACCCAUCGCAGCUCAAAUUCUGGAAAAUCAUCAACUCCAGUCAGUUUGAGUAUGUCAUGUUUGUGCUGAUUCUGGGCAACACCCUAACUCUGGCCAUUCAGCACUACGAGCAGUCGAAACUAUUCACUUCCGUCAUGGACGUCCUCAACAUGAUCUUCACUGUGAUUUUCACAGUAGAGAUGAUCAUCAAGUUACUCGCGCUUCGGGCUCAUCACUAUUUCAUUGAUCCUUGGAACUCAUUCGACGCUCUGAUCGUGGUGGGGAGCGUGUUGGACAUUGCAGUCUCUGAGUUUAGUGGAGGAGGCGGCCACGGAGAGGGUAAAGGAGAAAGUGGAAAAGUGUCCAUCACGUUCUUCCGUUUGUUCCGAGUGUUGAGGUUGGUCAAACUGCUCAGCAAAGGAGAAGGUAUCCGAACCCUCCUCUGGACUUUUGUAAAGUCUCUCCAGGCUUUGCCUUAUGUCGGUCUGCUCAUCGCGAUGAUCUUUUUCAUCUACGCUGUGAUUGGCAUGCAGUCAUUUGGGAAGGUGGCCAUUGAUGAAGACACACAUAUUAACAGAAACUGCAACUUCCAGACUUUCUUCCAGGCUGUUCUGGUGCUUUUCAGAUGUGCCACUGGAGAGCAAUGGCAGGAGAUCAUGUUGGCAGCUCUGCCCGGUAGACGCUGUGACCCAGAAGCGGACACUGAGCCUGGGGAAGAGUUCAGCUGUGGUAGCAACUUGUCCUACAUCUACUUCAUCAGUUUCUUCAUGCUCUGCGCUUACCUGAUUAUCAACUUGUUCAUUGCUGUCAUCAUGGACAACUUUGAAUACCUGACACGUGACUGGACUGUGCUGGGUACUCACCACCUGGAUGAGUUUAAGAGAGUUUGGUCUGACUACGACCCUGAAGCCACGGGUCGUAUAAAGCACAUCGAUGUAGUCACUAUGCUGCGUAGGAUUCAGCCACCUCUUGGUUUUGGAAAACUCUGUCCUCAUCGAGUCGCUUGCAAGAGACUGGUUUCUAUGAACGUCCCACUGCACACUGAUGGGACAGUCACCUUCAGUGCUACUCUGUUCGCUCUGGUGCGAACCUCACUCAAGAUCAAGACUGAAGGCCCCAUCGAUCAGCAGAAUGAAGAGCUGAAGGUGAUCAUUAAGAAGCUCUGGAAGCGCACUAAACCCAAGCUCAUAGAUGAAGUAAUUCCUCCACCUAGAGGUGAUGAGGUGACUUGUGGGAAGUUUUAUGCCAGCUUCUUGAUUCAGGACUAUUUCAAAAAGUUCCGCAAGAGAAAGGAGCGGGAGAGGAAAUCCAAAAGGAAGGAUAAGGCAGCUUCACUUCAGCAAGGGCUGCGGACGCUGCAGGAUCUGGCUCCAGAGAUGCGUCUGGCAAUGGUCUGUGACCUGGAAGAGGAGGAGGCUGUGGAAGGAGAGAUGGCAGGUGAUGACAUAUUCAACAGUGAGCCUGGAACCUCAGUGACCACAACGCCCGCCAGCACGCCGAUGCCGCCUAUCGACAUGUUUAUAGACCAGACAACUGUGUUCAUCGAACCAGAGCCCAAGGUAGCCAACGGGGACGUGAUCACGGAGCAGGUGACGGGCAUGGAGGAGCACCAGAAACCAGGAUCAGAGCUGGCAGGAGUCAGUGUUGUAACAGAGCAGCCUGUGAGAUCCGAUCCCCUGCCCAUCAGGUGUGUUUCUCUUAUUGAAUUAUCUCCACUAGGUGUAAGCCUGGAGGGGAUCAUGCAUUUAGUCAUACUGAUGGACUCCAUCAGUGAGCUGCCUGCUCCUCCUCCUCCUGUCCCAGAGAUAAUAGUUGAAGUGGCAGAGGUCAUAGCUGAACCAGAGCCAGUCGUGCCAGUCGUGGCACCAACACCUUCAGUAACUGAGCCGGUUUCCUACAGUGAAGGAGAUGCUGCAAAUCUAGAAUCAGUGGACAGGUACGUGUAUCCAGAGGCCGUCUCUCCUGUACCACCUGAGACAGGCUACAAUGAACAGAUUCUGGAAAGAGUUGGCAGCAUUGGGGAGAUACCAUAUGAUCCUCCUGAUCCUAAUGGCUUCGUUAGCAACGGCUACGAUAGCAAUAACAUGAAUGGAGGGAGUGCUGCUGCAAGUCCCAGUCCCUAUCCCACAAAUGAAUAUAAUGGGAACGGAUACACAGGCUACAAUGACAAUGGCAAUGGCAGCUAUAUCAGCGUCAAUGGCAAUGGGAGUACUCUGAACGGCCUCAAUGAAAAUGGCUCCAGUGUCAGUGGUUUUUCUGCAAAUGGCUACAAUGGAAGUGAGAAUGGCACUUCACAGUUUGUCAGGAGACGGUUACUUCCAUCCAUACCGAAAGGCCAUAUGCCUGCUUUUAACUUCCAAUGUCUGAGGCCACAGAGAAGUCUGGACGACGUCCCCAUCCCAGGAAACUACAGCGGGAACAUAACUCCAACCAGAUCCCGUCUGCAGCCCCAGCACAGCCUGGACUCUCGGCCCAGCAGUGUGUCCUCAAUGUCGUCCGCCUCCUGGGCUAACAAUAAAUCAGCUAGCACCACUCCUGUUCCAGGAAUAGCCGCCCCCCCAGGGCGCAGGGGCAAGCUGAUCUACACCCCAAUGAUCCUGGUGGACGAAGCCACCGGCAUCAGCCAGCAGGUGUGGAACGACGGCUCUGCCAGCCUCCCUGUAGGAAACCGUCCCGGCCUGUACCCUGGUCAGACGAGAACCUUCACCAGCAUGAGGACGCCGCCUGUCAACCAGGGCUUCGUAGACAGAGGCAGUGCAGACAGUCUUGUUGAGUCGAUCUUGAUCUCCGAGGGUCUUGGUGUUUACGCCAGGGACCCGAAGUUUGUGAGCUUUGCCAAGCGAGAGAUUGCUGAAGCUUGUCACAUGAGCCUGGAUGAAAUGGAGAACGCUGCUACUGACCUGAUAGUUCGGGGAACCGGUCAGUCGAUUUCUCGCUUUGAGGAUGAACUGGCUGAUGAAAUGAACUGUGUGAUUUCUUACUGA